AUGAAAGCUUUCUUUGAUAAUAUGGGUUGCUGGCCGCCUCGCAAUACGGUAUUUUAUACCUACGCAAAGCUCAGUAUUCUCCGGGAGGAAAGUAAUUCGACAUAUGCGAUCCGUACUAUAAGGGAAACGGUGAAGGCCCUACUCCAGGCGGAAAAGACGACCUCUCAUGAGCUAAAGGCUGAGAAAACUCUCCUCCUGGUCAAGGCGGCAUGCAGUGCCGUUACAACCUUGACCAUUAGCAAGGCCUUCUCAGGGUAUUGUCCAUGGUCGAAAGGAUACCGCUGUACGACACAGACACCCAAGUCACUCAUCCACGUUCUUUCUGCAGCAGUUCAUGAUGACAAUAUCCGGCUAGUCGCCGAGUUGUUGAAACAGGGUGUGUCUUGCAAUCAGUCCAGCCAGGUAUUUGGGACACCGCUUUGCAUUGCGGCAUCUAGAGGAAACAGAAAGAUGAUCAAUCUCCUACUCAAGUUCCAUGCGGACCCGUCAUACUUCUAUCGACUUCAUGAUCGGUCACAUCCGCGGACUCCGCUCCAAGCAGCUGCUUUUGCAGGCCAUGAAGAGAUCGUGGACCUCCUUCUUCAGCCAAACCUAGGUGUACAAAGGUCUGGCGACAGAUUCUAUAGAGCCCUGGUAUUUGCCGCCAGAGGUGGCCACUUCAAUACCUUUAAGCAACUCGUGGACGCCGCAGCUCCGCAGGCCGACCCUUUGUUUCAGUGGGCAGAUUGCCUCAUGGCUGCCUGUGAAUCUGGAUCAAUAUAUCUUGUACGCUUCAUACUGUAUAAAGGCGGCGAUAUAGAAUGCAUGAGACGAUUCGAAACACCUUUAAUACGUGUGGCCAGGAAAGGGUACCACGAUAUAGCCCGUGUGCUUCUGGAGGCAGGAGCAGAUCCGGAUUAUGAUUCACAGCAUCAGUCGGCUAUAACUAUGGCAUCUAAAUAUGGCCAUCUGGAGGUGGUACGUGUCCUCCUACAAUUUGGAGCCUAUGUCGAUGCAAAAUUCGGGUCCAUACAAAAUGCAGCAGCGGGGGGUCAUAAAGAUAUCAUUCAGCUGCUUCUUGAUCAUGGAGCUCAGGUUUCUGGAAGAGAGCCAGAUCGAUGGCGCCAAACUGGACAGCAAAUAGGUCAAUGGGCGUAUAGAAAGGCAAUAAGUAAUGGCCAUUAUUCGCUGGCCUCCUGGUUACUGACUCUUGGAGUAGAUAUGGACAAUCAUGUUGAUACUGUGUAUGAAUGGAGUAGUUGCGAUGAGACUCCAAUUAUAACUAGUGACGAUGAAGAAUCGCUAGAAGGAGGGAGGGUGUCAGAAGAUACCUAA